CGGGUCUUGGCUCCAAGAUGACCAAGAAAAGAAGAAACAACGGUCGGGCCAAAAAGGGCCGCGGCCAUGUGCAGCCCAUCCGCUGCACGAACUGCGCCCGGUGCGUGCCCAAAGACAAGGCCAUAAAGAAGUUCGUCAUUCGGAACAUCGUCGAGGCCGCCGCUGUCAGGGACAUCUCCGAAGCUAGUGUCUUCGACGCCUAUGUGCUUCCCAAGUUCUAUGUCAAGCUGCAUUACUGCGUGAGCUGUGCUAUUCAUAGCAAGGUAGUCAGGAAUCGAUCCCGUGAAGCCCGCAAGGACCGGACACCCCCACCACGAUUUAGACCUGCUGGUGCUGCACCACGACCUCCACCAAAGCCCAUGUAAAGAGAUGGCUUCAUAAAGACAAAAGAAAAAACACCUUGGAAAAAUAAAAUGGGACUUAACUU